AUGACAAGCCCCUUCAACCGUCGCCCGAUUCCCGACUACUUCCUAGCCUCUCCACUGGUGGCCUUACUCUAUCCUGUGCACCAGAUCUUACUCCGUCUGCGUGGACCUCCUCGACUCCCUCCGCCAGGCACUCAACCAAUCCGAGUAGUCUGCAUCUCCGAUACUCACACCCUCGAAUGGCCAGACGUACCCGACGGAGACCUUCUCAUCCACGCAGGCGACCUCUGCAACGACGGCUCCGCGCGCGAUAUUCAAGCCGCUGUUGACUGGCUCCGCAGCCUUCCCCACCCAUACAAAGUCGCCAUCGGAGGCAACCAUGAUAGCUACUUCGACGUGCGGUCACGCCUGGAUGAGGACCGCAAAGACCCAGCUUCUACGGGGGAUUCCUUCGCAGCAGUUUCCUCAACUGCAUCCAUACACUCGCUCCACGAGCUGAACAGCGCCUCCCGCAUCGACUGGGGUGACAUCCAUUACCUCCAACAUUCAGCGGUGACCCUUUCCUCCCGCUCGCGCUCCCUCACAAUCUACGGCGCGCCCCAAGUCCCAGCCAUCGUCCCCUUCGGCCCCGAGCACGCCUUCACAUACCCUCCACAGCACGACGCCUGGUCUGGCACCGUCCCCCCAGAAACAGACAUCCUCGUCACUCACACUCCACCCCAAUCCCAUCUCGACCUGUCCCCCGUAUAUUCCACAGGCUGUCCCAAUCUGCUAGCAGAAUCAUGGCGCGUCCGUCCUGCCCUCCACGUCUUCGGCCACGUCCAUGAAUCCGCAGGCCAGGAACCCAUCUUCUGGGACGAGGCCCAGCGCGCCUGGGAAAGAUUAUGUGCCACGCGCCGCUCGCGUGCGCGUUUGAGCCGCCUUGCUUCGCUAGCCGGGUUCCUGCGCGAUCUGUUCGAUCUGUCUGCCUGGGUGGAUGCCGCACGGGUUGUGGGAUAUGGCAUCCUAGGUGUGGUUUGGGCUCAUAUCUGGGGUGGGGAGAAUCUUAACGGUGGGUGGAUGGUCAACGCUGCUUGCAUGUAUCGUGAUACUGGCCGUCUGGGUAACGCACCGAGGGUUUUUAAUCUUUGA